CCUUCAUAAAUUAUGCCUCCACCUUUUUCACACUUCUCUCCAUCUUCUUAAUUCCUCCCCAAAUCUCUCUCUCUCUCUCUUUCUCUCUCUAUAUAUCUGCAGUAGGUCUGCUCCUGCUCAUCACCUCCAUCCAUCCAUCCAUCCACUUCUUUAAUUCUCCAAUAUAAUGGCUUGCUUAAACAUUUGCAAACAGGGUGGCGUGGAUGGAAAGGUGAAAAAUGGGCGAGAGGUUUGCACACUUGAUGGAACUGUUGAUUGGCAUGGCCGCCCCGCAAUCCGACAGAGAACUGGUUCUUGGGUCGCUGCAAUUUUGAUCCUCGUGAAUCAAGGGCUAGCUACGUUGGCAUUCUUCGGAGUAGGAGUGAACUUGGUGUUGUUUUUGACGAGGGUGUUGGGUCAAGACAACGCCGAGGCAGCUAACAACGUUAGCAAAUGGACUGGAACUGUUUACCUUUUCUCCCUCGUCGGUGCCUUCCUUAGUGAGUCUUACUUGGGAAGAUACAAGACUUGUGCCAUCUUCCAAGCAAUCUUUGUCCUUGGCCUAGUAUCACUCUCCAUAUCGUCAUACAUAUUCUUAAUCAAGCCUAGUGGGUGUGGAAGUGAUCAUGUUCAUUGUGGAUCCCAUUCAGGCUUUCAUCUAGCACUGUUCUACCUCUCAAUAUACCUUGUUGCCUUGGGAAACGGAGGCUACCAACCAAACAUAGCUACAUUUGGAGCAGAUCAGUUUGAUGAAGAGGAUUCUAGCGAAGGGUACUCUAAAAUAGCAUUCUUCAGCUACUUUUACUUGGCUUUGAACCUGGGAUCUCUCUUUUCAAACACUAUUUUGGGCUUUUUUGAGGAUGGAGGGAACUGGGCACUAGGGUUUUGGGCAUCAGCUAUCUCUGCUGCUCUGGCAUUGGUCUUGUUUCUUUGUGGCACCAAAAGGUACAGGCAUUUCAAACCUCAAGGCAAUCCCCUCUCUAGGUUUUGCCAAGUGCUGGUCGCUGCUUCAAGAAAAUGGAAGGCUGAGAUGAUCCCAAGUGGAGAAGAUUUGUUUGAGUUUCAAGAAAAGGAUUAUGCCAAGAAUGGGGACAGAAAGAUGCUUCACACUCAAGGCUUCAAAUUCUUGGAUAGAGCAGCAGCUAUCACUUCGGAGGACUUCCACCAGAUGGACAGGGAGACUUACAAUCCAUGGCAUCUUUGCACCGUGACACAAGUUGAAGAAGUCAAAUGCGUUUUAAGGCUCCUCCCAAUCUGGCUAUGCACGAUUAUGUACUCAGUAGUUUUCACUCAAAUGGCGUCUCUCUUUGUGGAACAAGGUGCUGCCAUGAAGACCACCAUUGCCAAGUUCCACAUUCCCCCAGCAAGCAUGUCUAGCUUUGACAUUCUCAGUGUCACAGCUUUCAUUUUCAUUUACAGACGGGUUCUCGACCCUCUUCUUGCCAGGUGGAAGAAGAGUGGUAAAGGAUUCACCGAGCUUGAGAGGAUGGGAGUUGGCCUUGUUAUAGCAAUAUUGGCGAUGAUUGCAGCUGGGCUUGUAGAGUCUUUCAGGUUAGACCAUGCAACAAUGGAGUGCCCCAACUGUGAAGGUUCGAGUUCUUUGAGCAUCUUUUGGCAAAUUCCACAGUACGUACUUAUUGGAGCAUCUGAGGUCUUCAUGUACGUUGCUCAGCUAGAAUUCUUCAAUGGGCAGGCUCCCGACGGGUUAAAGAGCUUCGGAAGUGCCCUUUACAUGCUAUCCAUAUCGCUGGGAAACUAUGUGAGCAGUUUGCUGGUGACAAUUGUCAUGAAAAUCUCUGCCAGAGAUGGUUCGCCGGGUUGGAUUCCCAGCGACCUUAACAAAGGUCAUCUAGACAGGUUCUUCUUCCUCUUGGCAGCUUUGACAGCAGCUGAUCUCAUUGUCUACAUCAUAUGUGCCAAGUGGUAUAAGUAUAUCAAGUUUGAAGGAAAGAGUGGAGACAACAAUGGCGGCAACGACCACAUUAAUGAUCAGCUCAGAGUUAUAUGAUCAUCAGCUAUAUAUGGCAAUUAAUUGCUAUGUUUUGGUAAUAUUUCCAAAGCACAACUGGAUGGGAGAGAGAUUUGUGCGAUGAGACUAGAGAAAUGCCUAGAUUUUUCAUUUCUUUGAGUUGAGCACAGGAUAUUCUCAGAAUUAGAUUGACAUCACUACAAAAGAACUAGUUUUUAGUGACCUACAUUUAGUGGCGUUUUUUGUCGUCUGACACGUCACUAAAUGUUAGUGACCUGUAAUUAGUGCCGUUUUUGCCACGCCACUAAUCAGUUCGUCACUAAUUCUCGGAACAGACACGCCGCUAAAUUAGUAUUAUACGUAAAUUCUCAUGUAAACUUUUUAUGUAAGUUCCUAUCCUAUGUGCGGUGAAAUAAUUAGUGAUUGUCACCACAGUUUGCAAUAUGUAUCUUAUGUCACAUUAUAUGGGUAAAAAUAAAUAAAUAAAAACAAAAUUUGACACGUAAAUUUAAAUAUUUA